CAAGAGCAUGAACCUCCUUGCUUUUAACGUACCCGUUUCUUGUUUCUAUUUAUCUUCUCUUUUCAACCUCUCUGAAUCAUAAUCUUCACAGAGCCAAAAAUAGGGUCUGAUUGUGCUUUCUUUCUGUAUUCAUGGCUGUUCAAACUUGGUUGUGUUCUCAAGAUCCUCUCAUGGCUUCUUCCGCCGUGCCUUUCUGUGGCUCCCAGGAUUGGGCUUUGGGUUCUGCUCUGGGGAUCGGUGAUGGGUUUUCUUCCCAAGGUCUUCUGCAACACAUACCCGAGCCUUCUCACACUCUCAAGAGAUCUCCUCAUUCUUUCACUUCUGAACUUGAGAAACAGAGGCUGGAAAUGGAUAGGUUUCUUCAAUUAGAGAAUCAGAAAUUGAGGAAAAUGGUGAUGGAAGAGCAGAGCAGGCAGCAAAGCAUUCUGCUGCAGGGUUAUGAGUCAAGAAUGAGUGGGUUACUGAGGCAAAGAGAUGCAGAUUUGGCAAUUGCCAGGAACAAAACCAGGGAGCUUCAAGAUUUGUUGAUAGGGGCAGAGCUGGAAGCGAAGCUAUGGGAGAAAAAGGCCAUGGAGAAUGAAGCCAUUGUCUCAGAACUAAGCAACAGGCUGAGCCAAGUCAGGGAAAGAGAUGCUGCUUUGUUCAGUAACAGUGCCCCCCAAGAUGCAGAGUCAUUCUGUGGCUCCACAUCAGCAGGAGGACUUAACAGUUUGGCUUGUAAGAUGUGUCAAUCAAGAAGCCUGAUGAGUGUUGUGUUUCUUCCUUGUAGACACCUAUGUUGUUGCAAGUCCUGUGAUGCUUUUCUUGAGCUUUGUCCUGUCUGUGCAGCUCUGAAGGAGGACAGCAUAGAGGUCAUCUUAGGCUAGCCUAAAAUCCAUUGCUUUUUUAGCAGUAGUCCUAGUGGCAUUGUAGGGUAGUAGUAUUGAAGAUCAAGAAAGAUAAUGAUGAUGACAGUGAUAUGGGAAAACAAGUUUUCUUGGG